AUGGUAGCUACCAAUUUCUAUCUAAUUAAAUGGAUCCAAUGGAAAGAGACGUCAACACCUAUAGUCACACAAAAUAUUAAUGGACCUUGUCCUCUUAUUGCUAUUAUCAAUAUUUUAUUAUUAACGCGAAAAAUUACUUUCUCUGCUGGACGAGAGUAUAUUACCAGUGAAGAAUUGAUGGAAAAUUUGGUAAAUACAUUACUCACACUACGACCAAAGGUAAAAAUCAUCCUUGAUUACGAUCAAAAUGUCAACGAUGCUAUAUCAUCACUUAGUGUAUUAGAAACUGGUGUCGAUAUUAACGUCAAAUUUGGAGGUAUCAAUCAGUUUGAAUGGACGUGCAAUUUGAUCGUUUUUGACUUACUUGAUAUCAACCUUUAUCAUGGAUGGCUAGUCGAUCCACAGAAUCAGGAAGAAAAAUCUAUUAUCGGAAAUCGUAGCUAUAACGAGCUAGUCGAAAUGAUUAUAUCUUCAAAGUCUAGCAAUGAUAGUAGCCGAAUAACGGAAGGUUUAAUUGCGGAACAAUUCCUCAACAGCACUGCCUCUCAAUUGACUUAUCAUGGUCUCUAUACGUUAUACGAAGAAUUAAAACCUGAACAGUUGUGUGUAUUAUUCCGAAAUAAUCAUUACAGUACUCUAUAUAAGCAUAAGGAUGAAUUAUUCAUUCUCGUUACUGAUAUUGGCUAUUCCACCGAAAAAGAAAUUGUUUGGGAAACACUAUCCAAUAUAGAAGGAGAUUCAUCACUUGUCAAUCACGAAUUUAAAACUGUUAGCUCUCAGGGUCGAACGGAAAACUUUGAUGUAAACCAGGCAGCACCAGUAGAUGAACAACGGCUCAUAGAGUCAGAUAUAAAUAAUGGAUCAACAAAUUUAUCUAUCCAGUAUGAUCCGAAUAAUGAUCGAGUAUCACAAGAGAAGUUAGAGUAA